CUCACACUGCAUCACAGGUUCUGUUCCACAUGGACUGCACACCAUAUGUUGCCAGAAGCACACGGUGUGGGGUCCAUUCGGGCCAAUAUCUUUCUGGGGGUGAUUCGUCAUCACCAUCACCGUCGUCGUCAUCGUCCUCUUCUGGAGGGGCAGCGCUGCGCAGCUCGCCCUGCUCUGGGUCUGCAGCGCGGGCCUGCGCGGCAUCUCGCUGUGGAGGCGCAGCCCGGCGGCCCCCAUGGAGGCGGCCUCUGCGGGGGUCUUCGUCGCGGUGAGCUUUGUGUUUUUGGGCGUCGUCGACGGCAUCCUCCACGCCAGCUGUGCCCUUUCAAUGAUGAUCGACUCGUACGUGGCGCACUUUGACCAACAAUUCAAGCUCGAGCGAAGCGUGUACGAGUGGAACCUGCUGCAAGCGGUCCUGCGCAAGGUGUCCAAGGCGCUCGAGUGGAGCUUCGCCAUUGUCCAGAGCACGGCUCUGUCGCUCGUGCUGCAGGGGGUCGUCUCUCUGUACGGCGCGCACGCCGUGCACGCCGACGUGGACGACAUGACAUCGAUAGGCUCCGACGCGCUGCUGGUUGUGGCAGCGAUGCUCUCGUUCUUCAAGGCGGCGGCGGUUUCGGACAGGUGCAUGCGGAUGCCGGCGCUGAUCAAUUCCUUGAAUUUUGGGAGGGACGUCGACACCCAAAGGCACUACUUGGUAGAAUUUAUCAAUUAUAGUGCGGCGGGGUUCUAUGUGGGCGAACUUCGCCUGACAACCGCUAUGGCCGUGAAGCUCACCUACUUUGGCUGUGUUGUGGCAUUUGCUGGACUCAGCAACUUUUACUCCGCCGUCGACACGGAUGGGUAAGGUGAAGCGCAGUGGGGCUCUGCAACGGGGCAAGCGGGGGGGUCGGGGUGGUUUUAUCAUUGUCUGUUCAUGGCCUACGUUGCUUUGUAGACUGGCGCGAGCCCGCCUCCCCAGAGGACUUGACGAAAGAGGCUGGGAGAAACCUCGCACGCAUCUGUCGGGAAUGGAUGGUGGUCGAUGUUUCAAUAUUCGCUGCAAUCGCAAAACGGUUCCUACCGUCACUUCUGGUCAUGUUUACAGCGCGCAGCAGUUCGCAUCUCGACGCGUGGGGACUUGAGAUCGCUGUGCGACUACAAUACAUCUCGCGUCAGCGCCUGCAGUAGCUCGUGGUCAAUUCUGUCUUUGCGCCCACGAGAAUUAUAGUUGCAUGCCGCUGCGUUGUGUUCGCGCAGGAGGCUUGCUGUUCUCUUCCAAUCAUCCUCUUCCCCGUCUUCCGCUCUUAUCCAACCCCGCUCCUCCAUGGCCUCGCCCCCCCCCAGGCGAUUACCCUGGUGAGCGCUCGGUUGCGUCAUCGCUGCUCCUCUUGCUCCUCUUGCUCUGCUCCUCGUUUUUUUAAAUGCUAUGAGUUCUUUAUUUAUUUAUACAUAUAUAUAUAUAUAUAUACAUAUAUAU